GAUCAUUUUAAAUCAAAGUACAGAGGAUUAUGCAUAUCCCAAAUUCAUCUCUUAUUCUUGCAAAGUGAUGACAAUUCCCAAGUAGGUCUACUAAUAGUGUUACGAAGCUCUUGACCUACUCAAAAUUCGAAGCACCCCCCCCCCCCCUCCUGUACAAGAUGUUCUUCCAAGUUGUGUUCUGGUACCAGUCUCUGAAUUUAAAGGAACCGGAAGUUGUGGUGUAUUAUGCAAUUAUGACAAGAACAAAAUGCGAAUAUUCUUAAUCAAAAUCUCAAGCGAGGAAGCGAGUUAAAAUGGCUGCAUGUAGUUACCGAUUGAUGAGCACUUUCACAGGGGCUUGCAGACGUUCAUCAUCAGUGCUAACCCGUAACAGAAUUCAGCAAUGGAAAGCGCCCUCGACCAGUGUAUCUAGGAUUAGAUUCAAAUCAACAGGAGCCGAAGUGAAAGAAUCAAACCAACCUGACAUCAAAUUGAGUGAUAGCUGUGUAAAGCAAUUGCACAAGCUUGGUGGAGAGGACAAAAAGUUUCUGAGGAUCCUUGUUGAAGGAGGAGGAUGUUCUGGUUUUCAGUACAAAUUUGAAUUGGAUUCUGAAAUGACAGAUGAUGAUAGGGUGUUUGAGAGAGACGGUGCUAAGGUAGUAGUGGAUGAUGUAUCAUUAGAAUACAUCAAGGGUUCAACCAUAGACUACCAUGAAGAGCUCAUCAGGUCGGCCUUUAGGGUGAUGGACAAUCCUGGAGCAGAGAUGGGCUGUUCCUGCGGCGCUUCGUUCUCUUUCAAACUCUGACCAAAAAAGCCCCCAAAUAAACUGUUGGAAGGACUUCAGCGUGAUGUCUUCAAGAAAUUAGGAUCACAAUGGAUUGUUAUUAUCUAUAAUAAUGUGUGAAUGGGGAUAGCAUUGAUGAUGAUGGUUUCUUGGAAAUCACCACUGCCCGCUACGUUCUGUCUGUGCUCCUAGAACUUGUUCUGAUUCAUGUGAUCCACUAUACAUGCCAACAGGCUAGAUUGCCCUGCAUGUCAGCUUACCCGCAUUCAUCAGAAAUUGUGGUUUAACCCAUUUCCUAUUUAGUUCUUAUGGGAGGACAUUUCCACAGUGAACUGUGAAACAUUUGAAAACUAACCGAUGAAGUUCAAUUUAAAGGUGUUGUGUGCAGCAAUGAAGAAUAAAGUUGUAUUUUAAGUGAAAUAUUUAUACACUAGAUCAAUAUUUGUGCAAUGUAUAUGAAGGAGACUUAAAGAUAUCAGUUACUUGUACAAGAAGAAUGAUUGCAUGGAGACUCUGAGUGAUUUUGCCCUGGAAAUGCUAAAAAAGAGCCCUGGAAAAAAAAAAGGAGCCCCCAAAAUCCUAAUUCAUUGCAGUGUUAAAGCUUAUACCUAAUGUUGCAGUUUUGAAAGUAGGCCUAGCCCCUAUAAUAAUACAAAAAAGUAAUAAUUUUUUGCCUGACUUCUAUGUUCUACCAUACACUGUAUGUACUGUAUGUUAGCAUGCAAUACACUGCCUUGAAGUCUACUACUUAACAGGGAUACUCAUGAAUAGAGGCUCACCCCCACUCCCUGUGUUUUUUUGUUCUUCUUUUUAAUGGCAUUCAAUAUAUAUGUAUUUUACUUUUUAUUUGCAGGCUGAUGUUGGCAAAUAUCCUUUUGCUUACAUAUUUGCAUGUAAUGAUUAUUGUAAUCUUUAUGCCAAACUUUAAUAUCCUUGGACUAUAUACAUUUACAGUGUGUGUUCAACUAUAGUCAAUCUUUUUUCUCUACUAAACGUUAAUUGGUUAGUAGUGCUCAGUUUAAUUCUAUAACUCAUUUUUGAACCAUUAGAGGCAUAAGAGCUUGUUAUUUCAUGAUACUUUUAAAUGUGAAGUAAAAAGGCGAUUGAAAUGUCAAUAUGAUUACAACUUACAUACCGUUAAUAUACUUUUCAGUAUGGGGAUGAAAUGUACUGAUGGACAUUUGACAUAAUUCUUGCCAGAACAUAUGCAAUGAUUGUGGUAUCAUUAAAUCAAUAAUGAUUAUAAUCCAUCAAAUUGGUAAUAUCAUUUGUUACUGGAUUUUGAACAGUGUAGACAAAUCAAUGAUUUCUCCUUUUCUGGUAAGUGGCUUAGAUAAAUUUGACUACCACCAAUGUUGAAUGCAUUGAUAAUUACAGAUGGUAUUACAUAUUAUUAUUACAAAUCAUUAUGUGUAAGGAAACAAAUCAAUAUAGCCGAUGUGAAUUUAUUAAAUCCCCCCCCCCCAAAAAAAAAAAAAAGUGAAUUUCUUACUUUUGGGUGGAAUUCUUUUAAUCUUGAAAAUAUUCUUCUGCAGUUUGGUAUUGUUUAUAAUAAUUAAUAUAGUGGUCAGUCAAUAAAUAAUUGUAUUUUUAUGAUGGAAACUUAAUGAAUUAAAACUUGGCAAAAUUAUGUGUUAACACACCAGCUGUUUACAGAUGUAGAACUGUAAAUAAAAUAUUAAAGUUAAUUAUAUUUAAAUCA